CAGCAACAGCCGCGCACGCAUCAUCACCCUCCUCAUCCUCCUCUUCUUCCUCCUCAUCCUCAUCUUUACCAUUUCCAGGCUGACGAGGUGACGCUCGCAAGACUUAAGCGAAAAAGAACCAGUUGUCACGUGAGAGGAAUCAUCUUUUUAAGUCUCUGAAGUGUGUCCUUUGUUCAGGGCGCCGCUUCGCUGGACCUUUGACCUUUUCUGCUUCUUCUAAAACCUACUUUGAAAUGGAGGAAGGCUACCAAAACCGGACUGCCUUCAUAAAAGGUGCCAAAGACAUUGCCAAAGAAGUAAAGCGGCACGCUUCCAAGAAGGUGGGCCGCUCGGUGGAUCGCAUGAGCGACGAGUACAGUAAGCGCUCCUACAGCCGCUUCGAGGAGGAUGACGACGAUGAAUACCCCAUGCAGGGAAGCCAGGAUGGGGGAUAUUACCGUGGCGACAGCCAGGCGGCCAAUGACGACGAGGGCCACAGUGACUCGACGGAGGGUCACGACGAGGAUGACGAGAUCUACGAGGGGGAGUACCAAGGAAUUCCCCGGGCCGAAUCGGGCAAAGGCAGCCUGGCCGGAGGGCCGGGGUCGGUGGCGGCCGGAGCUCAGCAGUUCACAGAUGUCGGCGUGUCCGAGGCGGAGCGGAGGAAGGACCGGGAGGAGCUGGCCCAGCAGUACGAGACCAUCCUGCAGGAAUGCGGCCACGGGAGGUUCCAGUGGAGCCUGUACUUCGUGCUGGGGCUGGCGCUGAUGGCGGACGGCGUGGAGAUCUUCGUGGUGGGGUUUGUCCUCCCCAGCGCCGAGAGGGACAUGUGCCUGUCUGAACCCAACAAAAGCAUGCUUGGUUUGAUCGUGUAUUUUGGGAUGAUGGUGGGAGCGUUCCUCUGGGGGGCUAUGGCUGACCGGAUCGGCCGUCGCCAGUCUCUCCUCAUCUCUCUCUCCAUCAACAGCAUCUUCUCCUUCUUCUCCUCCUUCGUCCAGGGUUACAGCACCUUUCUGUUUUGCCGUCUUCUCUCAGGUGUUGGGAUCGGUGGCUCCAUUCCCAUCGUCUUCUCCUACUACUCUGAGUUUCUGGCCCAGGAGAAGCGCGGCGAGCACCUCAGCUGGCUCUGCAUGUUCUGGAUGAUGGGGGGCAUCUACGCGUCUGCCAUGGCCUGGGCUAUAAUCCCACAUUACGGAUGGAGUUUCCAGAUGGGCUCGGCGUAUCAGUUCCACAGCUGGCGCGUGUUCGUGCUAGUGUGUGCGUUUCCCUCUGUGGCGGCCAUCGCCGCCCUCAACGCCGUGCCCGAGAGCCCACGCUUCUACUUGGAGAACGGCAAACACGAUGAAGGCUGGAUGAUCCUGAAGCAGGUCCACGACACAAACAUGCGAGCCAAGGGGCACCCGGAGAGGGUGUUUACUGUAACCACCAUCAAGACGGUGAAGCAGAUGGACGAGCUGGUGGACAUCGGCACCGACACCCCGGUGCUGCAGCGCUACAGACUCAAGAUCAUCAGUCUCACCCACCAGAUCAGGAGCAACAUCCUCGCCUGCUUCAGCCCCGAGUUUAAACGCACCACUUUCAUGCUCAUGGCUGUCUGGUUCACCAUGUCUUUCAGCUAUUACGGCCUGACGGUGUGGUUCCCGGACAUGAUCAAGUACAUCCAGAAGCAGGAGUACGACUCCCGCACCAAGACUUUCUCCAAGGAACGAGUGGAGCACAUCGUUUUCAACUUCACCCUGGAAAACCAAGUGCAUCGCCAGGGACACUACUUCAAUGACCGGUUCCUCAACCUCAAGAUGAAGUCCAUGGUGUUUGAAGACUCUGUGUUUGAGGAGUGCUACUUUGAGGACAUUACCUCCAUACACACCAUCUUCAGGAACUGCACCUUCAUUGCCAGUUUGUUUUACAACACAGACUUGUUCAAAUACAGGUUUUUCGACUGUAAACUGGUCAACAGCACGUUUCUGCACAACAAGGAGGGCUGCGUGCUGGACUUCAGCGACGACUUCAACAAUGCCUACAUGAUUUAUUUCAUCAACUUCCUGGGCACGCUGGCAGUGCUGCCUGGGAAUAUCGUGUCGGCACUGUUAAUGGACAAAAUUGGCCGUUUAAGAAUGCUGGCGGGAUCCAGCGUCAUCUCCUGCGUCAGCUGCUUCUUCCUGAUGUUUGGCAACAGUGAGUCGGGGAUGAUCGCCCUCUUGUGUCUGUUUGGAGGCAUCAGCAUUGCGUCGUGGAACGCCCUGGAUGUGAUAACGGUGGAGCUGUACCCCUCCGAUAAAAGGUGCACGGCGUUUGGUUUCCUGAACGCCUUCUGUAAACUGGCGGCCGUGCUGGGCAUCAGCAUCUUCCAGUCGUUCGUCGGCAUCACCAAAGCCUUACCCAUCCUGUUCGCUGCCGGCGCGCUGGCCGCCGGCAGUUUCCUCGCGACAAAGUUGCCUGAAACGAGAGGUCAAGUUUUGCAAUAAAGCGCCGGAAAGUGGGCAGCAGAGCGCAGCCGGAGAGCGUGUUUGACCAGGAGAGGCUGAACCACCCUGACAGCUUCAGCGCUGCCCGCUCGUCACCGUCACCGCCUGGCCCCCCCAUCGUAGGACCAGAAUCCUUUGAAAUAUGGAUUUGCAUCAUUCAGUGUGUUCACAGACACGUAGCGGUCAUAAUCAAGAGAAAAAACAUACAUGGAAAAAGAUACCUGCACCAUUUCAACACCUGGGAUUAGUGUCAGCUGCCCCCGUCAGGUAUUCUAAAAGAUCAAAUAAUAACACUAAAAUCAGAUCAUUUAGGGAGGAAUACAUUUUAUUGACUUAGUCAAAUGGAAUAAAAGGAUAAAACACGGUAAAAAGAAAGAAAGAAUGGCGAGAGGUCCAUUUACGAGGGAGGAUUUAGUUCAUGUAUGUGUUCAAUUUCUGUCUUUUCUUGUGCGUCUUUGACCUCCGUCGCCAGCGUCUAAUGCUGUCUCAUUGCGACACAAGUGGCGCACUUGGGAUCACGGCACGCUCGCUGAAAGAGUUUCCUCUUAAUCAUUAUCUGACGAUGAAGAUAUCUGACCCCGACGACUGCCUGCUGAACCUGUCCUCGACCAAAUAAUACCAAAACAUUCCAGCCAGGCUGGGUUUAUUCGGACGCCUUGUUGUCUCUGUCCCUGAAUAAAUCCAGUCUUUUUUUUUUUUUUUUUUUGUUUUUGUUCUGCCUGAAACGUCAAACGGGUGCGAUGCAUUUCACAGGAUUCUCUGUUGUACGUGGAGAUGGUUGGAUCCAGCUCCUCAGUGUUUAAACCGGUGUUUCCCCCUUCUUGUCGUGUGGCAGUUUGUUGAUGUUGAUGAGUGGGACACAGGAACGUCUGCAGGACGGGUUUUGGUCAAAUACCGAACGUGAGACCAGACAUCAUCGCGUCAUGCUUCCCUAAAUCAGCCAUGUGAGUGAGUGUGUGCACGUGUUUCAAGGGACCAAUAUGCUGGAUGUCACGAGUUUAAAUGACUGUUUGAGACUGUUUGAGACUUAGUUUUCUGGAUAGAAUCCUCACAACGACGCACGUGUGCGUGUGAGUUUACCUGUGAGGGAGAAACCGUUUACUUCCAUUUCACCAUUUCGCACAAAUCAAACCCUCUAAACCCCGUUUUUAGCUUAACGUAUUUAUUUAUAACGUAGCACAAAGUGGACACAAACUCCGGCACAUUUUAAGGAUCAUUUGAUAAAACCAGAGCAGAUAGAAACACGCGGAGUAGCUCAAGUGUAGAAGAGGCUGGACGUGGUCAUGCUUCCAUACACUUUUUCUACAUUCACAAGCACAACUGAAACUGGUCCCCGAGGCAGUAACGUGAUCUGAUUCAUCUUUUUACUGUUAUAAUGUUAUAAUCAUUUAAUUUGAAGGGCUUCUGUUCAGGCAUCCAUCGGACACCGUUGCUGUGGUUUCAAAAGUCACAGAAUCCCCUCUGAUAUCUAAACACAUCCCUGUACCUGGGUGUCAUCUCUCCAAAGGUGCACGCGUAUACGUGUGCUGACAAUCAGAGAGUGAGCUUUUGACCCAAAAACGUCCUCCAUGUUUGUGUGCACGUGUGUGUUUGUGUGCAUGUGUGUGUGCUAUGUUAGUUAGAGUGUCAUAAAAAAUAAUUAAUCCUCAAUAAAAAAGAAUAAAAACAACAAAAAAGUACAUUAAAAGGGAAAACACACAUUCAAUGGAAAAUAAUUAAAUGUGGAAAUGAGACGACAAAAGAUAUUUUCACACGUAUUUGUUAUUGAUUUCUAAAAAUAUCUUAUGACAUAUUUAUUGUGUAUUCAUUGAUCUUUUUUCCAGCGAUAUCUUAUAUUCUUCCGUAUUAUUUGGAUGCGGGUGACUUUCUUUCUUGUCUAAAUUAAACAAAACCUGUUUAAUGUUUUUAGGGCUCGUCAAAAAAUGUCAAACUGGAGACUUUGAAAGAAAAAUAGAAGAUUACAUAUCAUGAAUCACAACACGAUGAUGUGGAAAACAUCAAAAGAUAUACAGCUUAACACACUUAUGCAGAGAUACAAAUACAUAUUUUAAACAAAUAGAUAUAUUUUGGUUUUAUCUUUAUAUUUUCAAAAUUUUCAAUUUCAGUCUUUUUUUAAUUUAUUUGUCUUUUAUUUUUAUUACUGUUUUUGUCCUCUUGUACUUUUAUAAAUGGAUUUUUCUUACGGCAUUCCUGUGCCCCCCACCCCUUCCCUAAGGUUAUUGGUCCCCCAGACUAAAUAGGAAUAUAGCAAAUAUACAAAGUUAUAGUGAAACCUCGCCUGUUUUACCAAAACAGAUUUUUAUAAUUUACUCCAAAAGCUUCAAAUUCAUCAUCAGCAAGUCGAGAUCAUGAUCUUUUAUUCGUUUACUGUUUGCAGACAAACACAUUUUUUUAUUCUGAACAGAUUUGUUUGGGGAAGACCGGAUGUGCGUGCGUGUGUGUGUGUGUGUGUGUGUGUGUGUGCGUGCAUGCGCUUGUCUUUGAGUCGACAGAACUGUCACAUAUUUUUCUAAUCUCUCUUGCGUUGAUGAGGUACUUCCGUCCCUGACGCCCGUAGCUCCGCUGGAACUGCAGAUCUGUACAUUUGACGAACAAAGAUAACACAACGACUUGAUAUGCAGUGUAGAACUUCCCGGCAGACCCGGGUGCUCUUUUGCGGAUGCAGUCAAGUCCUUCAAAAACCCCGUCAGAGACGGCCGGUCUCAGAGAUGAGCUACAGAGGACUUCACCCACCGAACCCCCUACUCAGCCGAUCGUGACGCAUGUUUGUAUUGUAUUGUCUGACAUUUUGAACGUCCUGUAUGCCAGUAUGUUUUCAUUGUUGUAUGAUGACAUAGAUUUGUUGCUUGCAGUGAUUGUUCUUAAUCAAAGUGGGUUCAAAUGUGUUCUGAAAGUAAGUUAGUGGUGACUAUGCUCCUCGUUUACCUUGGACCCAGGUCAUUUUUAUAAAUACAUAUGAAGUAUAUGAAAAUAUAUAUAUAUACAGUAUAUAUAUAUGCCUGAUUUCCUAAGCUGGAUGCUUGUAAUCAUGCAGUUUCUCUUUCCAGAGGUACAAGAUGGUUUAGGCCGGGAAAGGCAAUAGUUACGGGAGCCGAAAACGUGCACAAAUGGUGUAAAAAAAAAAGUUACAUACGACGUAAACUUGCUUUUUGUGAGUCCUUGGAAAAGGGAGUGUAAGCAAUAACACGGAGCCACCUCCCUUCCCAGAAAACGGUCCGAGCAAACAAGUCGUUGAACUCCAGGCAGAUGUUUACUUGUACAAAUUAUGAAGAGAGUUGCUGAUUUGAUUUUUAUUUGUCACAAUGAUUGUGGUGAGAUCAGCUGGAAGGCUUCCCUCAUGAGCGGUGAAACGCUGAGUGUUUUUAUGUCAUCUCUGUGCUCCGAGCGCUCAGACCUCUCCGUGACAGAACCCUUCCACUAGCUGGGCCGUAUAGGACUUUUAUCAUUUGAUUUUAGUUCAAUUUUGAUCUGUUUAACUGAAAAGUUGUACUCUAAAUGUGAGUUCACCUCAAGAUUUCAGUGUACUAUGUGUAGAAACUAGAUGUUUGUGUGUGAAAGUUUGGAAUUUGUGGAACAAAAGAUCAAUGAAAAAAGAAAAAAAAAGAUAAAGACAAAUGUUCUCUAUGACACAAUCUGUUAUGUGUUGUCUGUGUUUUGUAACUGAAGAUGAAAAAUCUUGGUAAAUUCAGUAUUUGUUACUUCUGGAUAUUGAGAAUAUUUUAGUGAUGCUGAAAAGGUGCUGUAUUUUCUGUGAGAGUUGUUCAUUACGCUGGGAUUGGCACAUUUGUGCCAGUUAUCCAGUUCUAUAAGGAAAAUAAUCAUAAUGGAAAUAAAACUUGAA